AUGACGCCAGGGAAACGGUCGCACGGCACUAGAAGGAUUAGUUUCAAUGACAGUGAUUUAGUUGGAGUGACCUACCCCCAUACUGAUCCCCUCGUUAUCGAGCUACGUGUAAAUAGAUUCACCAUCAAGCGUGUUCUCAUUGACCAGGGCAGCACUUCGGAGAUAAUGUAUUACAAAACUUUUGUCAAACUUGGCUUUACCAAUUCGGACCUGUCUCUGGCUGAUUACCCGUUAUUCGGCUUCAAUGCUAACCUGGAGUACCCUUUGGGAAAGAUCACACUACUUGUACGAGCCGGAACUAGAUCAGUAGACGUAGAAUUUCUGGUUGUUAAGCUCCCUUUGCCGUAUAAUCUUAUCAUAGGCAGAACUUGGUUACAUACAAUGCAAGUCGUGCCAAGCACCUACCACCAACUACUCCAUUUUCUGACUGAAUACGAUAUCGAACAAAUUCGUGGCUCUCAGAAAUCGGUGCAGGCAUGCUAUCUUCUAGCUGCAAAGAGACCGAGGGAACUGGAAGUGCAUUCAAUUGAGGUACCGGAUAUGGAGAGUCUCGAAGACAUUGGGAGGAUCCCAAGUGAAAAAGCAACCGAAGCCCUGCAUCGGGUCGAAAUUGAUGGAAAUCCUGACAAGUUCUUCAUGAUCGGUGCUUCCUUGGAUAACGUCGAAAGAUAG